AUGGAGGAAAAUUGCAUCGCGGUAGCGGGGAUGCAAGGAACGGGAGAGAGACCCAGGGAGAGAUUGAGGAGGCAGCGGUCAGACCACCUCACCUGCAAAUGUUCUUCUCAUUCCAAAAAAGCUGUGCCGCGGCGACACGAGGACAACGCGGACACGUCUGAACCUGAACCUGAACCAGAACCUGACAUGUCACGGCUAAUCCAGAACAGGGCGAGUGGUGACGCGGCCGCUCGCAUUAUACGCCGUCACUCAGACGGGGAUCUGAAGAAGGUGCUGUCUUUCCCCCCGUACCCUGGGGAGUUUUUGCACCCGGUCGUGUAUGCCUGCACGGCAGUCAUGCUGCUCUGCCUCUUCGCCUCCAUCAUCACUUACAUAGUGCACCACAGAUGCGGUUACACAAACAAAAUGCUGAAGGGGUCAGAGGCUUUUCCUUUCAACUGUGCUCACAUUAACAAACCGGUACACCUCCUCCACACCUCUCGCCAGGCAAUCCCCGACUCUAGAACACAUCUCGGCCUAAUUUUGGCUGCGACCGUGCAUUAUGUCAUCAUACCAUCGGCCGGAGUAACACAAUUCAACAACGAGGUAUCUGUGAAGCAGGUCUGA